GUCAGGUAGAUAACACGGGAUUCCUCGCGAAGAUGGGACUGAAGAGUUUGUAAUGUUGACAUUUUUUGGCCACAGCGCCGCCUCGCUCUGCUCAACCUGUGAGUGCGCUGACAAUGGUGAUACUGAAAGGGAUUCCCAGCAUUAUAUCCCCCGACCUGCUUUAUGCUUUGGCUAAAAUGGGGCAUGGAGAUGAAAUCGUGCUCGCUGAUGCCAACUUCCCAACUUCCUCAGUGUGUCGCUUUGGCCCUACUGAAGUAAGAGUUGAUGGCCUUGGAAUUCCAGACCUGCUCCAAGCCAUUCUAAAGCUCUUUCCGCUGGACACAUAUGUCAGCUGCCCGGCUGCAGUGAUGGACCUGGUGAAUGAAGAUAAGGUAAAGGGCCUCCAGACUCCAAUCUGGGACAAGUAUCUGGAGUUAUUGUCAAACGCUGGUUUUGCGAAACUGCUGGAAAAAGUCGAGAGAUUUGCAUUUUAUGAACGUGCAAAGAAAUCUUUCGCUGUGGUAGCUACAGGGGAAACUGCCCUAUACGGAAACCUCAUCCUUACAAAAGGAGUGAUUCUUGCUGGAGGAAAUGGCGAUUGAGAAUGUAGCAAAUAGAGGAUAAACUUGGAAUAAAUUUUAUUGAUAAAAGUUGCUGAAAUGCAGAUUAUUGGUUCUAGUGAUGCUGUGAAUUUUUUCCUCACAACAUGGUUAUUUCUGAAUGAUAUCACGAUGAAAUAUGAAAAAAAAUUAUAUAUGCUACAAUUGGAAAUGAAUGCAAUGCACAUAUUCUAAUCUCAACCUGAAUAAAUUACUGGUUCCUGAUUUGAAUGUUAACGAUGAGGAAGGGGCUAAAUAUUGUCACCAUUUACUGUUAGGAAUUGUGAUUAUGAAACAGAUUGGUGGGAUAAUUUUCCAAUGUUAUGAACUGCUACAUCCAAUGAAUAAAGAAACCGUUAAUGAUUAUUAAUGCAGGAUGGGUAAAAUUCAUUUAUACAUCAGUCUGUUUUAAACUCUAGUGCUAUAUAUUUGUGGGGAUUAUGUAACAUCACUUGCAAGUGUUACAAUGAAUUACUGGGGAUGAAUUUAAUUUUAUUUGAAUAGUCUAACUAUUGUAAACAUUAAUCCAAGAACAAAUUCAUAUUGGAAGCCUCCACCUUCACAAACAAUAUUCAGUGAACUGCUUUUGUUUAAAACCAUGUGGGACUCCCCAAGUGUUUGCAAUAACUUUUCAUUAAGACCAUCUUUAUGUAAGCUCAAAUAAAAGUCAGAUCACGCAA